GGGGGAGGAGAGGAGAGCCGAGCGGCCGGGGGGGAGAGGAGCCGGAUCAGGGGGCCGCUGCUGCCCCCCAUUCCCUACAGCAGCCCCUCUCCUCCUUCUUCCCCACCCCCAGGUUCCCCGACAUGACCGCCAUCAUCAAGGAGUUCGUUAGUAGGAACAAGAGGCGCUACCAGGAGGAUGGAUUCGACUUGGACCUCACCUAUAUUUAUCCAAACAUCAUUGCCAUGGGCUUUCCUGCAGAGAGGCUGGAAGGUGUAUACAGAAAUAACAUCGAUGAUGUAGUGAGGUUUCUGGACUCGAAGCAUAAAAAUCAUUACAAGAUCUACAAUUUGUGUGCAGAGAGACAUUACGAUACCAACAAAUUUAGCUGCAGAGUUGCCCAGUAUCCGUUUGAAGACCACAACCCACCACAGCUAGAGCUCAUCAAACCUUUCUGUGAAGAUCUUGACCAGUGGUUAAGUGAGAAUGAGAACGUAGCAGCUAUACAUUGUAAAGCCGGCAAGGGUCGGACGGGGGUUAUGAUUUGUGCCUAUUUGCUACACAGACGCAAAUUUCCUAAAGCACAAGAAGCCCUAGAUUUUUAUGGAGAAGUACGGACCAGAGAUAAAAAGGGAGUCACAAUUCCCAGCCAAAGGCGCUAUGUAUAUUACUAUAGCUACUUGUUAAAAAAUAACCUGGAAUACAGACCGGUGCCCCUGCUAUUUCACAAGAUGGAGUUUGAAACGAUUCCAAUGUUCAGUAGCUCAACAUGCAAUCCCCAGUUCAUCGUUUACCAGCUGAAAGUCAAGAUCUUCACUUCAACAGCAGGUCCCAAGCGAGCAGAAAAGUAUAUGUAUUUUGAUUUCCCCCAGCCUUUGCCUGUUUGCGGGGACAUCAAGGUAGAGUUUUUCCACAAACAGAACAAAGUGAUGAAAAAGGAAAAGAUGUUCCACUUUUGGGUAAACACAUUCUUCAUACCAGGACCGGAAGAGUAUUCGGAAAAAGUAGAAAACGGAACGUUAGUUGGGGAGCAUGAGCUUGAUGGCAUCUACAGUACAGAGCGUUCAGAUAAUGACAAGGAAUAUCUCACCCUCACUUUAACUAAAAACGACCUAGAUAAAGCUAACAAAGACAAAGCCAACAGAUUAUUCUCUCCAAACUUCAAAGUGAAGCUAUUUUUCACCAAGACCGUAGAAGAAUCUUCAAACUCCGAAGCGAGCAGCUCAACCUCUGUAACGCCGGAUGUUAGUGACAAUGAACCUGAUCAUUAUCGAUAUUCCGACACCACUGACUCUGAUCCAGAGAAUGAACCUUUUGAUGAAGAUCAGAUCACACAAAUUACAAAAGUCUGAAGGGGGUUUUUGUUGUGGUUUUUUUUUUUUUUCUUUCCCCAUUUUUUUCUUUUUUUUUUUUUUAAAUCGAGGGAAAUAAAACCACAGAUGAAUGCAAACUUGAAUAAACUGAAAAAAAAGGAGCUUUUUAAAUGACAUUGUCAGACACCAGUGAUAGGAGCCAUGAUCUAUUCCUUGACCAAUAUUCCGCCAGCGAGGUGUUAACGGCCCUGCUGUCCAAACGAAAAGAGAAAAAUCGAAACGAAAAGGUUACGUAGCAUUGUUAUGUAUAUUCCCUUUUCAAGUCUAACGACAUAUAUAUAUCUUAAUUAGGUUAAAUAAAGAUGGCACUUUCCCAUUUUA